AUGGAUGUUUUGGUCACCUCUACGGCCGAGUUUAUGCAGCAGAGUGAGGCACUUGCCCACUCGCAUGUUCGCUUCUACUUCCAUCUCCAUCACGGAGCGAUCGUUCUUGCGCUGGCGCUACAUGUCAAUUCCAAAGUAAGCAAGGUGCUGCGCCAACAGUGGGUCAGUCACCAUGUUGUCCUCCGCGUAAGAGAAGACUUCUGCACUCUACAAUGCAGAAAAGUCAAUGAAGUACGUCCAGGACCUGUCUACCCAUCCAUCGCCAUUACUACACAACCGCUUCUCCAACUAACUAGACAUCCACCUCCAUCCGCCAAGAUCUCUCACGAUCCACUCACCCACGUACAGGUGCAUUUCUGA